AUGGAGCGGCAGUCGCGUACCAAUCGCACCUUUUGCCAAAUACCAAUUGUUCUACUAAAAAUGUUGCAUUGUCCUAGAGACAAUUCGAAAUUUAACAAAUUGAAAGAUGCCACAGAUCAUCUAAUUAAUAUACACAAUUUUAAUGAACUACAACAUCUUAAGAAUGCAACAUUGUGUACACCAGAAUUACUUGACGCUCUCGCAAAGGUAGAUGGAAGUACAAACGACACUCUCCUUCAAUUAGCACAGAAAAAUGCCUUAAAUCGUGUUCUGCAGGAUCAACAAGAAGAAAGACAGAAAGGAGAAACUUUGAAACUUUCCUGUCUUUUUUGUCCCACAAAACAUCUCAGUCGUCUUCAAUGGUUUGAGCAUUCAUUUAAAAAGCAUGACUUCAACAUUGGUCGGCCAGACAAUGUUGUUUACCUGAACGAAUUCAUCGAUCUUGUAAAAAUAGAGUUAAAUGAUCUGUCCUGCAUUUGCUGUCAUUCUCGGUUCUCCUCACGACAUCUGUUGCUUCAGCAUAUGCGCCAAAAACGACAUUUUCGUGUCGACCCAAAAAUGUCGAAUUUCGAUAAAUUCUACGUUGUCAAUUAUUUACCUCCUGAGAAUUCAUCAAAAGACUUAAAUAUAGGUGAAGAAAGUGAUAAGUCUGAUUCUGGAUGGUCCGAUUUAGAAGAUGAAAUCGUUCUUGCUCAGUGCGUUUUCUGCCCUCUGAAGUUUGAAGCAUUCGCGUGUUUAGAUCAUUUAAAAAAUGCACAUAACUACGAUUUAAUCAAAAUUCAACGAGUGCAUCAUCUCGAUGUUUAUGGAACCAUACGACUCAUCAACUACGCGAGAGAAACAAAAUCGAAUAAAGUACCACCGCCUUCCGAUGUAAUGUGGGAGGAUCCUAAAUGGCUCUUUCCUCGCAUUCCUGACGAUGCUCUUCUUACGGUAAUUGAUGAGCCAUAA